AUGGCUGGAGCAGAGGACCUACUGUUUCACGAUGUUACCUUUACCAUUUUUACUGGUCCAACGAUAAGCUCAGAUGAAGAGCAGCGAUUGAUCCACCUCUUAACCAAAGACGGGGCUACCUACAUCCCUCGAAACGAAGAUGGCUCAAUCGACGGAGUCAAGCGUCACACCCACAUCGUCACCGGCGACAUCGAGUUCCCCGAAUACUCUAGAGCACUAGAUUACAACGUCCAUGUCGUGCGACCCUCGUGGGUCGAGACAAGUUAUGAGAAGGGAAGACAGACGCAACCGCGCCAGCACAGUCCAGACCCGUCUAUGUUCUUUAGGGAAGUCAUAGUCUCGUGUGCUGACCUGCCUGAGGGUGAUAAGGAUGCCAUCAUUGCCGGUACGCUUGCACUGGGAGGACUGUACAGCGCACCUCUGACCAAGCUGGUCACGCACGUUGUUGCGAUGGACAUGCACAACGACAAGUGUCGGACGAUCCAAGCAAAGAAUCUCGCUUGCAAGAUCGUCUUGCCACACUGGUAUGACGAUUGCCUGAAACUCGGAAAGCUCAUAAAUGAAGGCCCAUAUCUCCUGCCCGACCCCGAGAUCCUUCGCCCAAACUUCGACGAACCCGUUCGAGCAAGAUCAACACCUGGCCUCGAUGGUGCCCUGUCAGCCGUAGCAGGAGCUCCACCCGCUUACAACCCUCCCAUCUCUCCAUCUGACUCGCGCAAGCAACUCGUCGUCUUCAAGGAGAAGAAGGUGCUAUUUUCAAAAGACCUGAACAUCAACGAUCACCUGGCCAAGACUCUGCGACACCUAGUCAGUCAAGCUGGCGGCUCUUUGACUGCCAAUGUGGAAGAAUGCGAUGUGUACAUUGGGCAUUAUCGCGAUGGCAUGGACUACGUAGCUGCUUCACGCGCUGAGAAAACGGUCGGCAAUCUCUCCUGGUUCUACAACGUCAUCAAUCGCAACAAAUGGACAAAUCCCCUGAGCAAGCUUCUACAUUACCCGGUACCUAGAGGCGGCAUUCCUGGCUUUGCGGACAUGAGAAUCAGUCUGUCUAACUACAGCGGGGAGGCUCGUAUCUACCUCGAGAACCUGUGCAAGGAGGCAGGCGCUGAGUUCACAAAGACCAUGAAGCAAGACAACACGCAUCUAAUCACAGCCCAUACGCACUCCGAAAAAUGCGACGCUGCUCAAGAAUGGAACAUCGAGAUUGUCAACCACCUCUGGCUGGAGGAGAGUUAUGCAAAAUGCUCGGUGCAGCCAUUAACCCACAAGCGCUAUACACAUUUCCCUCCACGAACGAACCUGAGCGAAAUUGUAGGACAGACACCCAUUGACAUUUCCAGAGUCCGUAAACUGUACUUUGCAGCCAAGGAGAAGACGAUCAAGGAUGCAGAGCCAGGUCAGAAGACGCCCCACCCUUUCCGCGGUGCAGUCAGAGCGCCAGACACAUCUCCGAGAAAGGGUGGACUUGCAGUUUCCAGUGCAACGGCAGGAGGUAGAUCCUCUUUCACGGCCAAGGAAGCAGAAACAGAAACCGACCCUAUGGACAUUGACAACGAUGACAACGAUGCCAGUGAAUUUCUACCUCACGGUCCACAAACAGCAAAGAAGAGAAAGACUCGUGUCGGAUCUGAUGCUGCAAUCACUACUCCUGCAAUGCUGAGCAGGCACCAGGACAGGGAAACAAGUCCACCUACUACUGGCCGAGCUUCCAAGGAAAAGGCACUCAACAGCUUGCACGCGUUGAAGGAUGACCUUGCUUUGUACCAACGCGAGAUGAAACGUAAAGGCGGCGUCAUUCACGGAGGUAGAAGGACUGCUGAGCCUGAAGAAGCUCCUGCCGCCACUACAACAAAGACUGCAAAGACGACAAGGAACAAACGCAAGAGUGAUGAUAUGGGCGAUAGUCAUGCAGAAAUCAGUGAGACCGAGAUUGCUGGUGUCAAGGGCAGUAAAGCCAAGAAGGCAAAGACAGAGGCUGGAUCGAAGAUCCUGUACACGAUGAUGGUGACGGGAGACGAGCGAUGGUUGGGCAACAUGAAAAAGGAAGCUUCGGAAGCUGCCAAACUACGAGCAUUGGGCAUCAAGCUGACUGCAGAGCCGGCGGAAUGCACGCUCCUCUGCGCCCCACGCAUCCUCCGCACGAAGAAGUUCAUCGCUGCACUUGCGAACAGUCCCAGGGUAGUCAACAUCUCAUAUCUCGACACUGCACUAUCCAAGAACACACUCCCGGAUAUCGAAUCGCAUCUGUUGGAGGAUGACGAAGCUGAAGAACGACUUGGGUUCCUCAUGGACGAAGCUCUUGAACGUGGAGAGGCAAAUGCAAACCGUCUCCUGCAUGGUUGGACCAUCUUCGUGACGGAGAAGGUCAGCGGCAAAUUUGAGACGUACAAGGAGAUCAUCACCAUCAAUGGAGGAACCGCAGUACCCUACAAGGGCCGCGCCAAUGUAAUCUCGGGGCCCAGAGUGCCACCGUCGGAAGAUGGUGAUGCUGGAGCUGAAGUGGACAAUCAAGGAGGAGAUGGAGAGCUGGACAGGGUGUACUUGAUUUCAAGCACUAGUGAUGAGGAAGUCAAGCUCUGGGAAAAGUUCGAGACCGAGGCAAGGAAGAAGGGGCUCGAGCCAAGGAUUGUCAAGACGGACUGGUUGAUUAAUCUUGCUAUGAGUCAGAGGGUGGAGUGGGACGAGAAGUGGGAACUGAAGGAGGAAUUGGUGCCUGGUUGGAACAAGUGA